AUGACUAAUAUGACAUUCACUGCUGGAAUAGGUACACCUAAAUAUAUGGCUCCUGAAGUUUUAAAACAAGAGAAAUACAAGAAACCUGCUGAUAUUUAUUCUUUUGCUGUUUCUAUGUUCGAGUGCUUUGGGUGGGGUAACAUCUAUCCCAAAGAAACUUUUCCUUUUCCUUGGAAAAUAGCAGAGUUUGUAAUUAAAGGACAAAGAGUUGUCAACUUAUAUCAUAUUCCACACAAAUAUUUUAGUAUAAUAGAAAAGUCUUGGUGUGAUAAACCAGAGUUGAGAAUUACUAUUGAAAAAAUUUUAGAAUUACUUGAAGAUACUUCUGUUGUUUAUUGA